CUUUGGCCACUUUCAGCAUCUUGAGCACUGUACAUGGAGUGAAGGGGAGCACUUGCGGCGGUUUCGUGGUCAGCCUAUGCCUAUGCUAUGCAUGCCUUCGAAGAUUGGUCGCCUCACGCUCAUGGCAAAGAAUUGUUUCCUCUUCCACUGCCGGUGGUGUCUAAACGAGCCUUCUGGAUGAGGACGGCUCAGAUCACCACCUUAGUACUCAGCUUUUGCACCGCACUGUCUGGCAUCAUAUGUUGGCGGAAGUUCGCCGAGUUGGCGCAGAGCGGAAUCCUUGAAGAUUCUGUCCACUUUGAUGCUGAAAAGUUGAGAAAUCUUAGUCACUUGGUUCUGGUGGCUGGACAUGCAGUGGUCAUGGCCGACUCGCUGGAGCAUGUCUUGCAUCGAGACUCUGAUUGGUUUCUGGAACCCUAUCAACUCCAUCAAGAUCUCCCGGAGGCCUUGGUGAGUCACAUCCACGCCGGCGUUCGACUCGCUGCCUUCGACCCCACUGCCUUGCUGAUCUUCUCCGGUGGUCAAACACGCGCGGCCGCGGGGCCGCGAGACGAAGGCUGGAGCUACUACCGCCUGGCCGAGCACUUCUCUUGGUGGGGCUUAUCCAGCCAGGAGCAGUUUCCAGCUGAUGCCACGGUCGCGCAGCGCACCGUGACGGAGGAUUUCGCCCUGGACUCCUUCCAGAACUUGAUGUUUUCCUUGUGCCGCUUCAAGGAGGUGGUGGGCCACUAUCCGGAGCGCAUCACAGUGGUCUCCUUUGGUUUUAAAAAGCACCGCUUUGGAGAUCUUCAUCGAAAGGCUUUGCGCUUCCCCAGCUCCAGGUUCUCCUUUGUGGGCAUUCAGCCACCGCCCAAGUCUCGCUUUGACCUGGCACGAGCGGAGCAAGGGGAGCUGCAGAACUCCGUCUCCCUUUUCGAGGCUGAUCCUUAUGGCUGCCGCUCUCAGGUGCUUGUGCAAAAGCGGAAAGAUCGAAAUCCAUUUCAGCGAACCAACCCUUACUUGCUUUCCUGCCCGGAGAUCAAGCAGCUCCUCCAAUGGUGUGGCCCUGACAUCUUCCCUGGUCCCUUACCAUGGAGCCGACGUUUCACCACUGAGGAAUAAGAUUCCAUGCCAGACGGUUGCCCAGCAACAUGCGCAGUGGCUCUGUUGACAAGGGGCCACAUGUUGCCGUGUUGUUUCUUUUUUUUUUAUGUAGUCCGCAGGUAUUGUGCCCAGCUCGUGGAAAGAAGAUCUUCCCAAAAGAGCUGGGAAUUUCUUGGGAGUUUGACGGAGUUCAAAGAAUGAGGUAUCCAAAGAUAGUUUGUUC